AUGAGCACUGCCAUAGUGGAUGUCGAGAAAAAUGGCCGUAUUCAUAUCGGUAGCCCACCACAAGAAUCCUACUUGAACUUUGAUACAGGUAGUGCCGAUAUUUGGGUACCAGCAUCUGAUUGUCAUCGUUGCGGUGGUCAAAGACACUACAAGUCCUCACUGUCUGGCUCAUUUCGCCCGGAAACCAUGGAUGAGAAUAGCACAUGGCAAGUGCGUUAUGGCAACGGUUCAGGCAUCGCGGGUAUCAUUGGGCAUGUUACAAUCAUUCUCGGAAAUGACCUUUCGCUAGAGAACUGUCUCUUUGGUAUUGCCAAGGAGCAAGCGCAUGGAUUUGCAAGAGAUCCGUUCAUGGAUGGUUUGUUUGGCUUGGCUUUUCCUGCUCUUGCAGCAAUUAACAACAAGACCAGUUUUGUUCAGGAAUUACAUAAUCAAGGAGCAUGUUCCGAGAAGGAUAAUAAGCAAGGUGAAGUGAUGAUUGAAAGCAUCAAUACCGACUACUUGGAUGGCAACCUUGCUUACAUUCCAGUGGAACAGCAAUCGUUUUGGAAAGUGCCCGUGCGUGAUGUCUCGGUCCAUGGCCAGCAGAUCUACGAUAAAGCAGGCGGUGCUAUUCUGGAUACAGGUGCCACACUACUGGUUACGCCAGCUACGGUGUCUCGAAAGAUCCAUGAGGCUAGCUUUGAUGCCUUGUACGGCUGGCGCAUGCUUUUGUGA